GUACCGAGAUAUUUACCCUUCUCCUCGCUCUCGCUCUCGCUAUCGGCUCCUUCUCGCCCAGCUUUUGCUCACGUCACAUCACCUUCCACCUCCACCCCUCCACUCGCUCGCUCGCUUGCUUGCUCCAAUUAAUACCUCUUCUCCUUCUCCCCCAGCAACUAGCUUCCUUCUCCGCUUUUGCAGCUCGCCGCCGCCGCCGCCGCCGCCGCCGCGACACGGCGCGCAUAUGGUCGUCGUCGUCGUCGUCGUCGUCGCUGGAGAAGACGAAGAAAGAUAGUAGACCUGAGCUGGGGGGGCGGUGAAUUCGCCGGAGAGCUAGCUAAGAUCGACGAUGGAGUUCGUGGCGCACGCGGCGGCGCCGGACAGCCCGCACUCGGACAGCGGCGGAGGAGGAGGGGGAAUGGCGACGGGGGCGACGUCGGCGUCGGCGGCGGGGGCGUCGCCGAGCAGGUACGAGUCGCAGAAGCGGCGGGACUGGAACACGUUCGGGCAGUACCUCCGCAACCACCGGCCGCCGCUGUCGCUGGCGCGGUGCAGCGGCGCGCACGUCCUGGAGUUCCUCCGCUACCUGGACCAGUUCGGCAAGACCAAGGUGCACGCGCCGGCGUGCCCCUUCUUCGGCCACCCGGCGCCGCCGGCGCCGUGCCCGUGCCCGCUUCGCCAGGCGUGGGGCAGCCUCGACGCCCUCGUCGGCCGCCUCCGCGCCGCCUACGAGGAGAACGGCGGCCGCCCCGAGAACAACCCCUUCGGCGCCCGCGCCGUCCGCCUCUACCUCCGCGAGGUCCGCGAGCACCAGGCGCGCGCACGCGGCGUCAGCUACGAGAAGAAGAAGCGCAAGAAGCCACCCCACCCCUCCUCCGCCGCCGCCGCGCACGACGACGCCGCCAACGGCGCCCUCCACCACCACCACCACAUGCCGCCGCCUCCUCCCGGCGCCGCCGCCUGAGCCGAGCCGAGCUUGCUCCAAGAUCGCCGGAAAACGAGCUGCUAGCCUCCUACGCAUGCACUAGUUACUCCACUCCACUCCACUCCACUAUGAUCCCUAGCUAGGCUGCUCUUGCUACUAGCAAAACUACGGAUUAAUCUCCAUGCUUGCUACUGCUGCUGCUGCUGCUACUGCAUCUAAUUAAUUAGGUUGAUUAUUUCCUGAUCGUUUCUUCCCAACUGGGUCGCUCUCGCACGUCGUCUCGUCUACUACUAUUUGCUGGUAAUUUUCUCCUCUCCUCAUCUCUUCGGCCUUCUCCUCCCUACUUCAUGUGUAAUCAACUACUGCUGUUUGUGAUGAUGAUAUGAUAGCUAGCUAGCUUCUCAAAUCAAGAACUCGAUCGUUUUGAUUUUA